AUGGAAGUAUACAUUUGCACCCAACCAGAUGGGUCAUUCAAGUGUGAUUAUAGUCCUUCCGGUAUUGUAAAAGGGUUAAUUGCUUCAAUAUCAAAAACGGGAAGAAAAAUAACUAUGGACAAUUGGUAUACAUCAAUACCACUGACUAUUGAUUUAUUGGAAAAUCAUAAAUUGAUUAUUGUGGGAACCAUCAGGAAAAAUAAACGUGAAAUUCCGAAAUGCUUUCUAGAUACAAAGAAAAGAGAAGUAAAUUCAACUAUAUUCGGUUAUGGGAAAAAUAUUAUUUUAUUAUCCUACGUUCCACGUAAAAACAAAAAUGUUAUGCUAGUAUCUAUAAUGCACGAAAAAGGUUUGAUGAAAACUCAGAUAACAAAAAACCCGAAGUGA